CCGGGACUGCACUUUUUUAUUUUUCCAUCCAUGUCAUGAAGCUGUCCUGGGUGGUCCACUAUACUUUGAGGUGUUACUAAUUUGGACAUGCUUUUUUUUAUUGAAUUUAGUUUUCUUCUUUGCAGUUAGAGUUAACUUAAACCUCACAAAGCUGUAAAAUGACCUUGAUGAAGAAUUUAGAUUCAUCAAUCUCUGAAACUGAAAGCUGUGUUUCUCCGGUUGAUCAAGAAUGCAAUCUAAGAUAAACCAACUGAUGAGCGAUUGGUUGACUGACUGAAUUGUGCUGACUGUAGCACACAUGAUCUCAUCUCAGAAACGCAUAUUUCAGUGAGAAAGAGAGGAGAUUCUUUUGGGCAUCAUGGACGAUGACUUUGAGCGCCGCAUGGAGCUGAGGAGGCAGAGGAGAGAGCAGAUGCGCCUCGGGACUGACAAUGUGGGUUACACCAACGAUGAUGAUGAGGAAGAAGCUCGGGAGCGAAGGAGACGUGCAAGGGAGGAGAGGAAGAAGAUGAAGGAUUCAGACGAGUCUGGAACCACUGAUGUCAUCGACACAAACAGUGUAAUGGAGACCGAGGCCUCCACCACCUCCAGUGCUGGAGGUGCCGAUGAUGACCAGGCUUUGCUGGAACGCCUGGCUAAGAGGGAGGAGCGCAGGCAGCGGAGAAUGAAGGAGGCCAUGGAGAGACAGAAGGAGUUUGACCCCACCACCAUGAGCACCACCAAUGGCACAGACAGCUCACUGGAAGAGCAGUCGUCCAUCAGCAGCAGACAGCGACACACAGAGGAAGAGGAGGAGAAGCAGGAGAAACCAGCCCAAGAGGAGGUCACUAAUACAAACUCCUGGAGGAACGAGGAAGAGGAUACGAAGGAAGAUGAGAAGGAGAUUGAGGAGAAGGCUGCAGGAACAGACGUAGAGGUCGAGCAGCCUGGUUUACAAAGGGAAGAGGCAGAAGAGGAAACUAUUCCUGAUGUUGACAAGGAGGAUGAAGAGAGGAAGAGAAAAGAAGAAGAAAGACAGCAAAAAGAAAGGGAAGAAAAGCUCAGGAUAGAGGGUGAAGAAAGGCAAAAAACAGAAAUGGAGGAAAAGCUCAAGAAAGAGGAAGAAGAACAUCAACUAAAGGAGGAGGAGGAAAGGAAGAGGAAGGAAGAGGAGGAAAAACAACAAAAGGAAAUGGAAGAGAGGCUGAGAAAAGAGGAAGAAGAAAAACAGAAAAGGGAGAUGGAAAAGAGAAAAGAGGAAGAGGACAAGCGCAAAAAGAAGGAGAUGGAGGAGAAGAAGAAGAAAGAGGAGGAGGAGAAGCCGAAGAGAUUUGGUUUUAAGGAAAAGAAUGAACCAACCAAACAGAAUGAAGCGCUCUUUGAGAAUAAACUUAAGAAAACAGAGAAGACAACAAGGGACAGUGUUCCCUCAACCAAGGAAGAUGACGCGGAGCGAAAGGAGGCAGAGCGUAAGCUGCAGGAGCUGAAGCGGCGACGAAACGAUGCAGAAAGUGAGGAGUUAGAGAAGAUAAAGCAGAAGCAGCAUGGCGCAGAGGCCGAGCUGGAGGAGCUGAAGAGGAAAAGAGAGGAGAGGAGGAAGAUCAUGGAGGAGGAGGAGAGGCAGAGGAAACAGGAGCUGGAAGACAAGAAAGCCAAAGAACAGGAGGAGAGGAAGAGGAUGAGAGAAGAGAUCGAGAAAAGAAGGGCAGAGGCUGUAGAGAAGAAGAAACAGAAGGAGGAAGACUCUACAAAACCUGCCUUCACUAUCAGUCCCAAAGGCUCCUCAAAGAUUGGGGAGAAGGCAGGAUUCUUGAGCAAAUCAGCCCAGAAGAGCACUGCCGCCAGAGUGUCUCAUACUCCAAUUGUCUCCAAGAUAGGCAACAGACUGGACCAGUACACUUCUGCCAUCCAGGGAAACAAAGAUGUCAAAUCUCCCAAGUCUCCUGUGCCAGAUAUUCCUACAGGAGGCACACGUAGCAUCAAGAGCAUGUGGGAGAAAGGCAAUGUCAGCAACUCCUCUGACAGCCCAGCCCCUGCCAACAAGGAUGUGGCUGGUAUCAAAGUAGGCGUGGCAGGACGUGUCAACAGUUGGAUGGCAAAGCCUGCAGAGGCGGAGAAGACAGCAGCACCUGAACCAGCAGCAGCAGCAUCACCAGCAGCAGCAAAGCCAGCAAAUGUGAAACCAGGUGACAUCGGUAGCAAGCGUGGCUUGUGGGAAACCAAGAAGGGCUCUGCACCUGCCAAGGUGGCAUUUGGAGGCAAGAGCAAGUUUGCCACUAAUGCAGGUGUGAGACCCUAACCAUUGACAUCCCCUUUUUAAUCAAGCCUUACCUGACCAAACACAAGGCUGUGCUACUGUAUGUACAUCCAUUUCCCUUCAGCGUAACCUGAAUGAAUGAAGCAUGAAGUUCACACCAGAGUGAGGAAAAGGCGAGGGACCAGGAUGAGUGACAUUUAAGGAUUCCAACAUCAAAGUCUCCCAGCUAUACCUUUAUGAGUAACUUUUGCACUGUCCCCAAAUCCUCGAAUAUGUCAUACCUAGUAAGGGUUUUGAGGACAAAUAACCACAUGUUAAACGCUUAAUAGAUAAUGGAUUGUGUACUUUCCAUCUGUUUAAUCAACGUUGGUCCUUCCUUCCAAAUCAGUCAGAUUUCUAUCUGGAUGCCUAAAUGUCAUAUUGCUUUCAAGCCACACUUUUUGUGAUGUAUUGUCAUAUAGCUUAUACCCAAUAACAAGCAUUUGUGUUUUAUUAUCGGGCGCACUCACUGCUUUUUGGGGUGAUGGUCACUAUUUUGACUCCAUGUGAUAAACAAGGCUGUCCAUCUCACUGCUCCCAUAUUAAUUGCAGUAAACUGCCACUGAGCUGGAUGUUGGGUUAUUAACCUGUACAUAAAUGAGAAAUCUCAUAAGUCGUUACCACUUUCUAAUAAGGGACCCUUUAUAGAGGAUUUUAAAAUAGUAACUAAUGACUUGAUUCAUGGUAAAUUAGUCAAUAUUGAGAUCCAGUUUUGGGUUACUAGCGCUGUGGCUCUAGGGAUGGCAUCAGUCAGUCUGUUGGUCCAUCUCUUUGGUCCAGACUGAAAUAUCUCUACAGCUAUCCCAAAGAUGCCCAGAGAAUUAAUCUUUGUUGAUCUCCUGACUGACUUUUCAUCUAAUGCCAUCAGAAAUUCAAAUAUUUCACGUAUCCAGUGAAAAAUCUCAAAAUCUAUUGGAUGGAUUUGUCACAAAAUUUUGUACAGACUUUCAUGAUCCCCAAAGGAUACUAACCUUGUCAGCUCAAAAUGUAUUUCAGGCUAUUUAGCAAUUGCUAGCUUGCUAACAAAGGGAAGAUGGGUUAUACCUGCUAAACAUCAGCAUGUCAACAUUCCUUACCGCUGUGCCUAAGUACAGCAUCACAGAGCAGCUAGAAAAUCUGUAGACUCUUAGUCUUGUUAGCUCUUAAAUUAAUCAGAAAGACUGUUUGACUAUUCCUGGGAAAGAUUUGAAGGGCAUCUGGAGCAAAGUUAAUUUAUCAACACUUAACAACUGCAAACUGAAUGGGUUAUUAUAAAAAAGAAAGACAUAUUAAUUACUUAUAAGCAUUUAUAAAUGCAGACUUGUUGGCUCAUUAUAAAAUGAGUUACAAAGCUUGUAAACCCCUUAUAAAGAGUGCCUUAUUAUAAAGUGGUAGCUAUAAGUCCACCACUUCAGAUCAGAAGAUAAUAUCAGUAGCACAUUCUGCCCAGGACUGCAGCCAGAGUAACGUAGUGUGCAAGCAGUUCAACGUUUCUGUCAGCAACACGUGGGUUUGUUUGUUUUUGACUUGUGGAAAAAAUCACAUUAUAAUCUAUCUAUGAAUACAUGUGCAAGCGAGUAUCCACUGUAACAAAUGUUCAGUGACAAAAUGCAAAAACUAUUUAACAAGCAGGUAGCAGUAUCAGUUUACAUGCCAUUGCAGUUUUUUCUGCAGUAACAAUAAAGGUAUAUAAGACAAUGGCAAUAUACCCUCUGCUUUAGCAACGGCUGUAAUAAACUUUAUCCUGGUGUACCCUGGUGUUCUUGUCAGUCAGCAGUGCACAUAAGUUGAAACCUGCCAAAAUGUAUUGUGAGUCUUCCAGUAUUGUUGUGGUGGAUUGCUUUGUUUGAAUGAAAAUUAUUGUUUGUACUAUUGCUUCAGCAAUAAAAAAAGGAUUAAAAGUG